AUGACCCCUAAUAAUAAUAUAGCUAUAGCAAUUAUUGCAAGUGAAACUAAUCGUAAUGGAGAAUGGGCUUGGGGUCGUGUUGGUAGCACCACUUGUGCCUCAACUAAGGUUGUGCUUUGUCCUCUAUGGGGAAGAUUUGAGGAUGCUUUGCGUGUCUGGGAGCACGGUUAUGGGCGUGCAGCCAGCCAUUGCACUGAUUUGAAACAAAUACUGGAAUUGGAAGAGCUGUUAGCUAAUGCUAAACUAAAUGGACAUGCCGUCUGUGAAGAGCAGGCCAUGGGAUCGUCUUGCACAGUUACAUCUAGUUCUGAAUCAGACAGCGGAAGUGCCCCCAAAUCACAUCGAAACGAUCAGAAUAUUGAAAUAACUUCUGCUAUUGUCAAUGCCUGUGAAAGUGUUGGUGUUAUGGAGAAGAAUUCUAUUACUAUUGAACCACAUGAUGUUGGCGGUGUUGUGGAAGAGAGUUCUGUUAUCAGCAGACCACGUGAAGGUGUUAUGGAAAAGAGUUCCCGUGCUAGGGUUUCAAAGACUACAUCAGUAUUUGUGGAUUUUCGUUUAUCUCAAGGAAUAGCAGAGGUAAAUGAAGGAAACUAUGAUCAAGCUGUGUCUACUUUUGAGAAGGUGUUGCAAAGAAAUCCAGCAUCUCCUGAGGCUUUAGUUGGAAGGGGAACUGCCUAUGCAUUCCAAAGAAAACUUGAACUUGCUAUUGCUGACUUUACCAUGGCCAUACAAUUAGAUCCAUUGGCUGGAGAAGCAUGGAAGAGGCGUGGGCAGGCUCGUGCUGCUUUAGGGGAGAUUCCAGAGGCUAUUGAGGACUUGACUAAAGCGUUGCAAUUUGAGCCAAAGUCAUCAGACAUCUUACAUGAAAGGGGGGUUGUCAAUUUCAAAUUGAAAGAUUAUACUGCAGCUGUGAAGGACCUAUCUUCUUGCGUACUUUCUGAUCGAAAGAACGAAACUGCAUACACAUACUUAGGCUUGGCAUUAUCAUCGCUUGGUGAGUACACUAAGGCAGAAAAGGCACUCUUGAAGUCAGUACAAAUUGAUCCAAAAUUUCAGGAGGGGCGGACUCAUUUGUCACAGUUUUACCAUGAAUUAGCACAAGUGGAAAAAGCUUCAAAAUGCAUUCAGAAUCUUAUCUCUAUCGAUAAUAGGUUUGCUAUGGCGUACUACUUGCAUGGCAAUCUCCAUUAUGGAUUGGGAGACCAUAGGAGUGCCAUCAAAGAUUUGUCUGUUGCAUUGAGUAUUGAGUCAUCUGAUUUAGAAAGUCUGUACUUACGUGCCUCUAGUUACCAUGCGGUUGGAGAUUAUGUGGAAGCGGUGAAAGAUUAUGACACAGUUAUUGAUCUGAAAGCAGAUUCUAUGGACAAAUUUGUGCUCCAAUGCUUGGCCUUCUAUCAGAAAGAAAUUGCUCUGUACACUGCAUCAAGGGUGACUUUGGAGUUCACAGUGUUCAAUAUAGAUGAUGAUGUGCACCCGCUUUUCAAGGAGUACUGGUGCAAACGGUUGCACCCACAACAUGUGUCCGAAAAUGUAGUCAGGCAACCACCGUUGAAAGAUGCCCUUAAAAGAGGUCGCCUAAAGAAGCAAGAUUAUACCUUUACAAGACAAAAAGAGAUUCUUCUUGAGGCUGCAGAUUCCAUUGGCAAGCGUAUCCAAUACAAUUCCCCAGGAUUCUUACCAAAUCGGCGUCAGUAUCGCAUGGCAGGGUUAGCUGCUAUUGAUAUUGCUCAAAAGGUUUCGAAGGCAUGGCAAUCCCUUCGAGCCGAGUGGAAAUCAUUGAGGAGAUCUGGAGCAAAAGGUAAUAGGAAAAACCGAAAGAGUGAAAUGGGAUCUGUUGCAAGUCAAAAUCGGGGUGGUGCAGGCUGUAGCAGCCAGAGCAGCGGAAGUUCAAGUUCUUAUAACCCUGAUGACGAUAGAUCUCUAAGACUCCGUUUUGUGAUCUCUUGGCAUGAUGUUUAUUCAUUUGCUGUUAAAUGGAGACAAAUUUCUGAGCCUUGUGAUUCUGUAGUCUGGGUCAAUAGGUUAAGUGAGCACAAGAACUCAGCAUUUGGUUCUCGUACAUCAUUGAUUCUUGGACAAGGAAAAGUUGUUAGAUAUUUCCCCUAUUAUCAAAGAACCCUGGAUGCUUUGAAGAACAUAAUGAAAGAGAGAGCCUUUGUGAAUAACAAGGCAAAUGAAGUUGUUGAUUUGACUGAAGUCAAGAUGUUACAAGCUAUUGUAAAUGCAGAAUGUGUUGCUGAUCUUUAUAACAUUAUUGGUCAAGACUUCUGGCUAGCAACAACUUGUGUUAGCACAGCAUUUGAAGGGAAGCAACUUGAGGGGACCAGGAUUACGGUGGAAAAAGAGGAUAAGGGAUUUGAUUUUGCAAUCAGAACACCCUGUACACGUCCCAGAUGGGAGGAUUAUGGUGCAGAAAUGACAGCAGCAUGGGAGACUGUGUGCAAUCACUAUUGUGGUGAAGCAUAUGGUUCAACUGACAUUCGCAUGCUAGACAAUGUAAGAGACAGCAUUCUGAGAAUGACGUAUUACUGGUACAAUUUCAUGCCUCUGUCAAGAGGUUCAGCAGCUGUAGGCUACGUGGUUAUGCUGGGUCUGUUCCUUGCUGCCAACAUGGAGGUCAAUGAGAGCAUUCCCAAAGGCAUGCAGGUCGAUUGGGAAGCCAUUCUCUCCCCAUAUCCUGAUAUGUUUGUGGACUCUAUGAAAGCUUGGAUCUGUCCAUCUCUUAAGAUCAAUACCUCAUGGAAGGAACUUCCUGAUGUAUCAUCAGCAUUCCCCACUACAGGUUUAGUUGUUGCGGCACUAAGCACUUACUAA